UCGGGGUACUGAUAUACUUAGAUCAAGUUCAAUGGGGUUAUGUUGUACAGAACGAAAUUAGAAACUGAGAUGCUUUGAUUCCCUUUGGAGGAAAAAAGUCCAAAAAGUUAAAAAGAUAUGAUUUCAUAUAGUAAAAGUAGUAACACCAUGUGAAGCAAACUUCAUUCAAAGUUUGAUUCAUAUGCAACCAUGCAUGUCAAAGUCAUCCCUUUCCCUCUGUUUAGGUUUGCUUGGCUACAAAGCUUAGAACCCUUUGCUAAUUUACUAGCUCCACAUGCACUGUAUAAAAAUGCUAGAAUUUGAUCAGUAGUAUAACAUAAAUCAUCAGAUAUAAUCAGUUCUUGCAUAAUCUACUCAAUACAUAUCAGUAUUUUCGUGGUAAAAAACUACUGAUUUCGCAUUCCACUGCUAGAAAAAUCAUGCCGAAAUAUGCAAUGACAUCGUCAGACUCGGAUUCUGAAACUGAUGGCCACAGCUCUGCGCCCGUAAGACUCUUUCAUCGCGAAAGAUCUCUUCAUUCUGUUUUCGGGGGUGGAAGAGCUGCUGAUUUGUUAUUAUGGAGAAAAAGGAAUAUCUCAGCGGCAAUAUUGAUGGGGAUAACAGUAAUAUGGUUCCUCUUUGAGGUUUUCGAAUACCAGUUUUUACCACUUUUGUGUCACUUAUCAAUUACGUUGAUGCUCAUCACUUUCAUAUGGUCUAAUGGUGCUGUACUUUUCAAUCGGAGUCCUCCCAGGAUCCCAGAGAUGAUAUUGUCUGAAUCUACAUUUAAGAAAGUAGCUUCAGCUGUUCAUACAAAUCUCAACUAUUUCAUCAAUACCAUCUACGAUAUCGCGUGUGGCAAGGACUUACAGUUUUUCCUUCUGGCCAUUGCUUCUCUCUGGAUAUUGUCUGUGUUUGGAGCAUAUUUCAGCACAUUGAAUCUUAUAUAUAUUGGGUUUCUGUGUGUUGGAACUAUACCUGCUCUUUAUGACCGAUAUCAAGACGAAGUGGAUUAUGUUGCCAGCAAAUGGAACAAAGACAUGAGAAAAGUUUACAGGAGAUUUGACUCCAGAGUUCUUAGAAGAAUUCCAAGAGGACCAGUGAAGCACAAGAAAUAAAUGAUUGACAUGCUCAAAUAUUUCAAAUAAAUGGUUUAUAAUACUUGUAAAAACAAUUGAUAUGUAAAUGAACACUCAUCAUUCAAAUAAUAUUACCCUGCUUUAUUCAAACAGGAAAACUCA